GGCGAUGGCGGCCGGAGCCUCCUUGCAGGAUUUGCUGGUAGAAGCCACCUGCUCCAUUUGCCGGGACUAUUUCCAGGACCCCGUGUCCAUCCCGCAGUGCGGCCACAACUUCUGCCUGUACUGCCUGACCCGCAGUUGGGGGACGUCGGAAUCGGAGGCUUCCUGUCCCGAGUGCAGACAGACCUUCGCGCCCCGCAGCGUCCUCCUCAACCGGCAGCUGGCGCGGGUGGCUGAAGUGGCCAGGGGAUGCAGCCGCCAUCCGGAGGAGGAAGGUGGGAGCUUCUGCCCGAAGCACCGGGAGCCCCUCAAGCUCUUUUGUAAGGACCACGAGACCCUCAUCUGCUUGGUCUGCGACCGAUCCAAAGAGCACGAGGGCCACUCGGUGAUCCCUGCGGAGGAGGCUUUCCAGGAAUACCAGAUCAAGGUGGAGGAUUGUCUGAAGGCUCAGAAGGAGCAGAAAGAAAAAAUAGCUACUUACAAAAGAGACACAGAGCAAACAGUGCAGGAGAUGCUUGUAAGUAUUGAUCCAAUGCUGAGGAGCUUCUGA